CAGAGGCCCAGGGGUGUGCUUAGGAACUAGUGGGUGGAGUUGGAUGCCCUCAGAGUUCCCCAGUCCUAGCUGUGUACAGGCAGGAUGUAAGAAAAGAACUGGAGGCCCCAGCAGAGGAUCCAUCGGCUGCAGGCAAAGAGGGAAGCAAAGAGGAACAGGGGCCCAGGCUGAGCGUCAGAGGAGGAGGCCGAGGCCAGGAUCCCUAGUUCUGUAAUUAAUUAACUAAAGUGGAUCAAAUGAGAAGGUGAAAGUUCACACAGGAACACUCCUGUCGUCUUGCACUGGGUCUCCAUCCCACCAUCCAGCAUCCUGGUCUAAGAAGAGUCCACAGGGACCUUGUGAAGAAUCAACAAAGCAGGGUCCAGAGGAGUCACGUGUCCCUUCCACUCCGGAUCGCCCUGUCAGAAUGGGGAUGUCCCAGCCCUGGGUCCUCAGCCUCUUGUUGAUCCUCCUGCCUCAGACCUGGGGUGCAGAGACCCGUCCCCCACUGAUGUAUCAUCUCACGGCUGUGUCAAACCCAUCUACGGGGCUUCCCUCUUUCUGGGCCACAGGCUGGCUGGGUCCUCAGCAGUAUCUGACCUACAACAGCCUGCGUCAGGAGGCUGACGCCUGUGGGGCCUGGAUGUGGGAAAACCAGGUGUCUUGGUAUUGGGAGAAGGAGACCACGGACCUGAAAAGCAAAGAGCAGCUCUUCUUGGAGGCCCUCAAGACCUUGGAGAGCCAAAUAAAUGGGACCUUCACACUGCAGGGCUUGCUGGGCUGUGAACUGGCCCCUGACAAUUCUUCAUUGCCCACCGCUGUGUUUGCCCUCAAUGGUGAGGAGUUCAUGAAGUUUAACCCAAGCAUCGGCAACUGGAGUGGGGAGUGGCCUGAGACAGAUAUCGUUGGUAAUCUCUGGAUGAAGCAGCCUGAGGCGGCCAGGAAGGAGAGCGAGUUCCUGCUAACUUCUUGUCCUCAGCGACUGCUAGGCCACCUGGAGAGGGGCCGUCGGAACCUGGAGUGGAAGGAGCCACCAUCUAUGCGCCUGAAGGCCCGUCCUGGCAACUCUGGCUCCUCGGUGCUGACCUGUGCAGCUUUCUCCUUCUUCCCGCCGGAGCUCAAGUUUCGAUUCCUGCGCAAUGGGCUAGCCUCUGGCUCUGGGAAUUGCAGCACUGGUCCCAAUGGCGAUGGUUCUUUCCACGCUUGGUCAUUGCUGGAGGUCAAACGUGGAGAUGAACACCAUUACCAAUGCCAAGUGGAGCAUGAGGGGCUGGCACAGCCAAUCACUGUGGACCUAGAUUCAUCACCCAGAUCUUCUGUGCCUGUGGUUGGAAUCGUUCUUGGUUUACUGUUGGUGGUAGUGGCCAUCGCAGGUGGUGUGCUGUUGUGGAGCAGGAUGCGCAGUGGGCUGCCAGCCCCAUGGCUUUCUCUCAGCGGUGAUGACUCCGGAGAUCUGUUGCCUGGUGGGAACUUGCCCCCGGAGGCUGAACCUCAAGGUGCAAAUGCCUUUCCAGCCACUUCCUGAUGCCAACUCAGGCCCAAUACCCACUGCAGCCUUGGUUGUGUGACCUCCUGAACUGUCUCUGAGCCUCCUGAGGAAGCCCUUGGCCGGAUGUCCUCCCGUGGACCCCCCCCUUUUGUGACCUGCUCCAGUUUCCCCUCUUAAUGUAUAUGGCUGUUUUUCAUCUCCACAUAAAAUUGGGCCCAAA